AUGUCCUCAGUGAAGGUCUACCCGAAGACUCAGCCAGACUGGAACAAUCUCAAUGUCCUCCAUAGAAACACUCUUCCUCCUCGGGCCAAUUUCUAUGUGUAUAACACUCAGAACGAUGCCUUGAACUACGACAUUGAGAAUUCGAACGCAUACUGCUUAUCGGGGACGUGGAAGUUCAACUUUGCCACCAACCCGUUCGAAGCCCCCGAAGGGUUUGAAAACCCGGGGUUCAAUACAGCAGAAUGGGACGAUAUACCCGUGCCCAGUAUGUGGCAACUUAAUGGUUACGGAAAGGGUCCUCAUUACACUAACGUCAAUUUUCCUAUUCCCGUUGAUCCUCCCAACGUCCCAUUCGAAGAAAAUGAGACUGGAUCAUACAUCAGAAAGUUCACCGUCCCCGAAACUCUGAAAGAAACACAACUUCGCCUGAGUUUUGAGGGUGUUGACUCCGCCUUUCAUGUCUGGGUGAACGGAAAAGAGGUUGGGUAUCAUCAGGGAUCGCGGAACCCCAGUGAGUACGACAUCACAGAUGUAGUCAAUAAGACAGGCGAAAAUACCCUUGCAGUUCGGGUUUACAGGUAUUGCGACGGUACUUAUAUCGAAGAUCAGGAUCAAUGGAGAAUGAGCGGAAUUUAUCGGGAUGUUUAUUUGCUUGGAUUUCCAGCCCUUUUCCGCGUCGAAGAUCUUUUCGUGGAGACGAAAUUUGACGAUGAUUACGUCGACGCCAUCCUCAAAGUCCGAGUAGAUACUACCGGCUCUGGGAUUGUCCGAGUUGAUCUUUUCAAUCCGGAAAUAAACGAACUUCAUGCUACUGAUUUCGCAGAAACUUCUGGUCGGCGAUGUAAUGAGUUCUCUCUCAAGUUAUACGAGCCAUUCAAGUGGACAGCAGAAUCACCAAGACUAUAUCACCUCGUUAUCUGCUUGGAUAAUACCACCUACGUUUCGCAGCGAGUGGGCUUUAGACAGGUUGAGAUGAAAGAUGGGCUAAUUAAAGUCAAUGGUCAACGAAUUGUCCUUAAAGGGGCAAACCGGCAUGAGCAUCAUCCUAAGUUCGGACGUGCUGUUCCGUAUGAAUUCAUGAGACAGGACCUCCUAACCAUGAAGAAACACAACAUUAACGCCAUCCGGACUUCUCAUCAACCAAGCGAUAGUCGGUUGUAUGACCUCGCUGAUGAAUUAGGCUUCUGGAUUAUGGAUGAAGCCGACCUUGAAUGUCAUGGCUUCGAAUCUAUCUGCGAUGCUGCUCUCUCUCCUGCAGAUAGAGCUCUCCCCUUCCGCGAACGGCAGCUUCUGACGCGGAGUAGCGCGGCCAAAUGGACUUCGGACAAUCCAGCCUGGGAAGAGGCAUAUAUAGAUCGCGCCAAACAGCUGGUUCGUCGUGAUCAACUUCAUCCCUCCGUCAUUAUCUGGUCCCUCGGAAACGAGGCCUUCUUUGGUCGAAAUCACAAGUCUAUGUAUAACUGGAUCAAGUCGUAUGACGGCAGUCGACCUAUCCAUUACGAAGCUGAUAUAUACGCCGAGACCAUGGAUAUGUACUCGAUGAUGUAUCCUCCAAUAGAAACCAUCGUUGAUUUCGCCAAGGAUGAUUCCAAGACUAAGCCCUUGGUACUAUGUGAGUUCAUUCACGCCAUGGGUAAUGGCCCUGGCAACAUCAAGGAGUACAUCGACGCAUUCUAUACGCACCCUAAACUUCAAGGCGGUUUCGUCUGGGAAUGGGCAAACCACGGCCUUUUAACCAAGGAUAAAGAAACCGGCGAGGAGUUCUACGCGUAUGGCGGCGACUUCGGUGAUAUCCCGAACGAUAGCAAUUUCAUAAUGGAUGGAGUUCUCCAUUCCGACCACACUCCAACCCCUGGGCUCAUUGAGUAUAAGAAAGGGUUGGAGCCAAUCAAAUUCAUAUCCUAUACAUUGGAAACCGUAACGGUCGUGAAUCGUUACGAUUUCGUUACUCUCGAUCAUCUUCAAUGCAGCUACGUGAUAUUGGACGAGGGUAAGUCCGUGUCUCGUGGCAAUAUGGAAAUCCCUUCUGGCAUACAACCUGGACAGACGGGUGAAUUGAGACUUCCUCUUAAACCGACGGAAUCGUUUGGGGAGGUGAUCCUACAACUAUCCUUUCGCCAAAAACUGGCCACCUCGUCCCUACCCGCCAGGUUCGAAAUCGCCUUCGAGGAAAUUCCUUUGUAUACCCCUUCCCUUCCCCUACUUCAACCCACGCCCACAAACAAACUAGCCAUCGCUGAGACCUCAAAUCUCCUCACAAUAACCUCCACAAACACAAUAUGGGUCUUCUCCCCAAUCCUCGGGAAACUGCGCUCCCUCACAAAGAACUCCACUGAGUUCCUCGCCUCGAGCCCCGAAUUCACCGCGUACCGUGCCCCCACCGACAAUGACGCCCCGCAAGACGGCCAAGACUGGAAAAAUCGGCUCCUGCAUCUCGCUAAGACGUACACACGUGGCUGCACCUGGGGCAUCGAAGAAGACGGAAACGCGUUCGUCGUGAAGGUAAAACAGCGAUUCGCGCCGCCCGUGCUCUCCUGGUCGAUUGACCUAGACGUCACAUACACAUUCACAUCAUCGGGCGCGCUCGCCAUCCGCGUUAGCGGUGUGCCAAGUGGGGAGAAUUUACCGCGCACCCUGCCGCGCAUAGGACUCGGGCUCGAGCUACCCGCUUCCUGGGCCGGGGGAAGCGGAUCGUCAGCCGUGACUUGGUACGGCCGCGGCCCGGGCGAGAGCUACAGGGACAAGAAGCUCUCGCAACGCGCGGGGGUGUACCAAGUCGACACCGUAGACUCGCUCUGGACCGAGUACGAAUUCCCGCAAGAGGGGGGCAACAGGACGGAUACGCGAUGGGUCAAGUUCACGCAUGUCGGGGGCGAGGCAGUCACGGCGCAGUUUAAAGACAUGCAGACUGGCGGGCGAAAAUUGUUCGAUUUCAACGCGUCGCAUUAUCGCGUUUUGGAUGUCGAGGCGGCGAAACAUCCGCAUGAGCUGCGCAGGAAGAAGACGGAGAAUGUGGUGCUGAGGCUGGAUGCGGAUCAUCAUGGUUUGGGAAGCGGGUCGUGCGGCCCGAGGACGAGGGAUGAGUAUGCUUUGGUGACUGGGGACUUUGAGUUUGAGGUUGUGUUGGUGUAG